AAAGCACAUGCGAAGUUGUAAAAAGGAAGAGGUGAAAGUAGAAAAGGCUCCAUUAUACAUGUGUUCUUUCUGCAAGAUGACGUUCAAGACAAAACCUCAGAUCUCCCAGCAUUUUUUGAAGUGUUUCCAUAGCCCGUACGGCAAAAAAGGUUCUGCAGUCAAGAGGAAAAAUGAUGAGAAAGAGGCAGAACCAACACCAGCCAAGCGUGGGAAGGUGGAGACAGUUGAUCUUGAUCCUUCUCUCGAACAAGCAGUGCAAUUCAGAUGUCAGGACUGCGAUCGCACCUUUAACAAAGAGCGCCAGUACAGCAGCCACAUCAAGAAGUGUACUAAAGUGUCUGUCCAUGAUCUGUCUGGAGCCAGACAGGAGAUUGGUGGAGCUGAAGAGGAAGAGGAGGAGCCUGAACCCCAAGAAGACCCUUUUGCAGACCCAGACCCACUCCCUGCUCCAGCCAGAAGAGGGAGAGGACCAGGGAGAAGGGGGAGGCCACCAGGAAGGGGGAGUCACACAGCCUCAAGAGCGGGAGCGAGAAAUUCUGCCCAGCUUUUCGAUGGGACUCCUCCAGUACCAGCAUCCAAAGGCCUCCUGGUGGCAGACAAUGAGGGAUUAGUCCGCAGCACAACUGGCCUAGCCCACACAGUACAACUUAGCCUUGAGACUGCAAGCCAAGAAGGGGAACCACAGCCUACUGCCUUAGUAGCAGAUUCCAAGGGUGUAAGAGGAAGAGAGAAGCCCCCUCAGGCCUGGUCUCUGGUAUGUGCCCUCUGUCAGAAAAUGUUCAUAACCAAGGCAGCAUUGGCACAUCACGUUAUGACAGAACACGGACCGGACCUUGAGCAUAUGCGAAAUAUACUUGAUGGAAAAUCAACUGACAGCCAACCCUUGUUUAGAUGCCCAGUUUGCAGUCUUAAUUAUCAGACAGAAGACCAGUUUAUUGAGCACAUGGUCCUCCAGCACACUACACGCCUCCAGGAAACAUAUACACGCCUCCAGGGACAGACUGCAAACUUCGUGUGUUCCCUGUGCUCAUUAGUCCUGCUCACUAAGAACCUCUUAGUAGAACACAUGAGUCUUGUCCAUCUAGAGGAGUUGGAGAAACUGGCCCAGGGAGACACACAUGUAGAAAUGCUGUCAAAGGCCUCCAGCAGCCAAGCAGCCCCGACAAAGGACUCACAAAGCCAGUCUUCGUUGCCACAACAGGAGGGACAAAGUUUAAAAGAGACAGUGCAAGAACCCAUCAAAGCAGAGCAGCCAGAGGAACCCCUUGAGUGUGGGUUCUGUGGAGAAGAAAUCAGCAACCAAGUGGACAUGGUGGAACACUACAUCGAGUCACACGGUGUUGAGACAGAUGAAGAUGGCUGCCUGAUGGACUUGGGGAUAGAUGUUGAUGUCCGAGUAAAAGACACAAAGAGCCUGCUACAGUUGGCAGAUGGUCGUGUGGACGACAAUGUUCCAGAGAAAACCGUCCUUAUACGGAAGAAACCAAGACAGAGCUGGCAAUGCAAGGAGUGUCAACAAGUAUUCCCCAAGCAUUUUGACUUUUUGCGGCAUGUUCGAGAAGUUUGCACAGAGGUGAGCCAGUCAAAUAAGUCCACUGUAUCAAGAGGAGGGAAUUUCAAAUGCCAAGAACCAGGGUGUAGUCACCUGUCUUUCUACCAGGUGAAACUCCUGUUCAAGCACAUGGAAGAGGUUCAUAAAGUUGUUGUCCCAAGGGAAUUCAAAACAUUCAAGAGUCUGGCCAUGUUUUACCAGUGGCUUACCCUGGAGGAGAAGAAGUACAAUGUCCGAUAUAUUCGAGACACCACUCGCAUUGAGAAGAAUGAUGUGAAGCUAAUACAAAUGGUGUGCCAUAGAUUCCAUACAGCAAAGAUUGAUCAGUCAAGAGAAAAAAAGGAAGGUGAAGUGGAGGGAGAAUCUCCAAGCAAACUGAAAAGACGAUGGUUUGUCCGCAUACAAAGAUCCAGCAAUUGUCAUGCUCGCAUCCACUUGAAAGUGCAUUACAAUCCAGUCACUCAGGACUAUGAUGCUGAGACACAGAUGGUGUAUUACCCUCAGCACACUCACAAUGAAGUGGACCAUCCACAGGACAUCAUGAACAGAAUUAUGGAGAGACACUCUAGAGAUAAAUCCAAUUACCUCUCCAGAAAUGGCAACAGAAAGCGCCUGAAGCAGAUAGUGCAGACUUCUACAUCCAGUGAAGCACUGGGCAAAGUCAGAACCUCAGCAGUGGGUGAGGGAGAUGAGAGGCAUCAGAGAGAAGAUGAGGUAGAAGGACAGCCAGUAAUGAUACCAGGAUCAUUGAAAUUGGAAGAAGGAGGUACACUUACUGUUGAUCAGUACAUGAAGGAGUUUUGCCAGACACAGUUAGAAGGGGAGGUUGAGGGAUCAACAGGGAUGGCAGUCUCUGCAGCAAGCAGUGCCUCAGGAACUUCAUCCACGUCUAUGCAAGCUGGAAGACAGCCUGGCACUACUACUUCUGUCCUUAUGGAAGGCCAUGGCACAAGUCUAGGAACACCAUCAAUGUUCGUGGAUGGGACGAAUGAGGGAGGGUCAGCAGUGUUAGUGGAGAGUGGUGAGCCAGGAACUUAUGUAGUGCAGGAUGGAAUGAUGAUGAACGUUUCUCAGGGGGAGUCACCUCAAAAGGAAGAUGGCACUGAGGAAUAUGUCCUACCAGCCGAUGAAGCAGAAUGGACCAAGCUGUUUGAGGUUUUAAGACUCAGACUCAUGACAGCUGAGCUCAGCAGUCAAGAGAAAGUUGAGGGGGAGGGCCUCUUGACUUAUCAAAAUGUAAUAUCAUAUUUACCAUUGUCAGAACAGGUCACAAUAUUCCAACAACUUUGCUUACUAACGAACACUGCUAUUGAAACUGCAGAUUAGAUUAAACUUCCAUUUUGUUAUAUUGGUUGCCAGUAUGUAUUUAUAAAUAGAAAAAUUACUUUAAUUUAUCACUUUUUUUCUCAAAGUUAUGUAAAUUUUGACAAGAAUUCACUGUAUCACAGGAAAAAAGAAUGCAUAUGACCACUCAAGUCAGGUGAUCAAUGAUUUAAGUAAUCUACUGUGUAAUACAUAAAAACCUUUGUAUCACUUAUAAUAGGCAGCACAAACCUGAAUAUAUUACAUGCACAAUAUCUUAAACCAUUUAGUUUUUCAUAUGUUUUGAUUGUUUUAUUUGAUUUUAUUGUUUGCCCUGUCCCAUUAAUAACAGUCUUGAAGUAUUGAUUAAGAGCUGUCAGAUUACAAGCUGGCUACAAAAUUUGUAAAUAAACUAUAUAGUAUUUUUAUAUCCAAUUGCCUGAAUAUUGUAAAUCAAAAGGUUGAAGAGAAUGAGUAAAGUAUGAGGAGAAUUUUGCAUUUGUUAUAUACUCUCAGCUAAAGACAUUGUCUACCAGCCUUGACACCUGUAUAGUAAUGUCCACAGAGAAGGGUUGCAUAAUAGACGGAAAGCCAUAUUUGAGUCUGCCUGCUGCUACUUUGCUCUCCCGGUUAAAUUAUUGUAGUUAUUGUUUUGAAUCAGUAUAUUCACCAUUGCCAUGUCACCAUUAUUGCGGAAUAUGUUUAAGAAAGGAAAGCAUUUAAAAAGUGUCUUUUUAUUUGUUUAUUUGACUAUUAUUCAAAUUCAUUGUGGAUGAAGAGUUAAACUAUAUUUCUUUCAGCCAUAGUGGUAUAGUCUUUCUAGAUGGUUGGCAUCAACAUCUAAGAUAAAAGUAUCUUCAGCAUUUAUUUUUUAAUUUAUUUUUCCUUUUCUAUUUCAUAGUUUUUUUUUUCAAGGAAAUAACAUGCUAUAUGCAUAAAAGUUUAUAUAAUUCUUUUUUUACUAAUUGUAGCACACCCAUUAUAAUUCAGUUUAUAUUUCUCAAACAGAUAGAUAUCUGGCAACGGAGGUUCAACCAGGUGCAUUUGUUCUUUUAUUCAUACAUAGACUGCAAGUAACACAGAAUGAACAUUUUCUCCCUGUUUCCUAAGUGCUAUUUGUCACCCUUUGAGGGGAAGAGAAGGAGUCCCAGUGAAUCAGAGUACCUGAUAUCCGUGCUCUUGUAUUCCACUUACUAAGCUGCUUGCUUGGUGAAUUUUGUGUAUAGUUGUAAAGACACAAAUCUAUUUGCCUGUCAAGUACCUGCAAAGAAUUAUUGAAUCCUGAAA